UAUAUCCACAAUCCACAGUUCUCGUAGGUACAGGGAAAUCUCCUGUCUGCUUCGCCUGGAAAUGUGAAUUAGUGCUGCUGAACUGGUCUGUUACUAGAGAAAGUCUCAUCCAAAGUAUUCUUUCUCAGAUCUGGAUGUAAUUGUAUCUCAACCUGACUCGGUUAUCUCACAACCUCGGCUCUCUCCCCCUCCGCGCUCAACAACAACAUAAACAUCGACUUACCCCAGGAUUCUAACAAAUGUCUGACAUUCUUAACUCAUCUCCAUCAUAUCCUUCAAACCACCUUGACCCGUGAGGCCAAGUUCAAUACGGCCCAAUGUCGGAAAACAAAGUCGGUGCACCAGCCAGGGAAUUGACCGAGUUUGAGCAAGGUAUAUAUCAGGUCUGCUCCCGCUUAGGGACAGGGGAGGGCUGGGACGACUGGGACGUCAAAGACUGUAAUCUCCGCUUCGAAUCCGCAACGCCAGGACCUCCCGCACAAGCCUCCUAUCUCCUCGUCUGCACCCAGAAACUCUGCAACUGGCUCGGUAACCUCCACGGUGGGUGUGCCGCCACCUUGAUCGAUAUGUUGUCUUCUGUAACCUUGAUCGGUGCCUCUAGACCCGGCAUGUUCUCUCUGGGUGGUGUUAGCCGCCAUCUCGGGGUCACGUAUCUAAGACCGGUGCCCAUGGGUAUAGAGAUGCGACUCGUGACGAAGGUUGUACAUAUGGGUCGUCGCUUGACGCUUCUGCGCUCAGAGAUUUACCGGGUUGAUACGGGGGAUCUCUGUAUGGUGUCGGAUCAUGAGAAGGUGAACACGGACCCAGAGGCAAGUGGGAAAAUGUAAAUAGUCCUCCCCCAUUUUGAUAAUCUUCUUUUUGGGUCUGCAUUUAUUCCGCAUAUGAUUGCUUUAUAUUGGUGAAUGUACAGAGUUAGAGGACUUUUGAUUGGAGGUGGGUAUAUCUAUUUAUUCCGUGGGAACAGAAACUAUAGUGAAGUAGCUAUUUUCAUUCGUC